GCUGCAUCAGAGCGCCACUUCUCCCCAGGUUCACCAGAGGAAACACCACUGCACAAAAUGCUUUUCCUCCCAGCUGCUGCUCUGUGCUGUCUGUGUUCAGCGCUGGUUGCCAUGGCAGCAGAGCUGAGUCAGGAGCAGUUGUCACUGACCAGGAGAGUUGGUGAAACCGUCUCCUUUAGCUGUAGAGAAACUGAGCAGUGUGAUAAAAAACAGGUCUACUGGUACCAGAAGACAGAAACAACCCCAUUCAAAGUGAUUCUUCGUAUUGAUCUGGCUGAUGGGAAAGUUAAUUCACGCUACAAUCAUCCUCAGAAAGAUGAUUUCUCAGCUUCAAGAAAGAGUACAGGCUGUGAGUUGAUGAUCACGAAAAUUAGUCUCAGUCAUUCAGCCACCUACUACUGCAUCUGCUGGAAGAGAGUUCCCGGAGGUUCCAGUGACUCUGAUAGAUACCUCAUCUUUGGCUCUGGAACUAGACUGUAUAUCACAAAUGAGCAGAUAGUGAAGCCCGUGGUGAGCGUGUACCCAGCAGCAUCCAGAGCCCACCUGGAGGGGAAGAGCUCCCUGCUGUGUGUGGCCUCAGACAUGUUUCCUCCUCUGGUCCGGUUCUCCUGGAAAAGACAAAAGGACAAUGGUACUGAGGAAGACGUGACCUCUGCUGAGGGAGAGCAGCUGGAGCUCAGAGAGUCGGGACGCACCACCUCCAUCUUGCUGAUCCCUCAGCGAGAGAACAGCACAUAUAAAUACCGCUGCUCUGUCCAUCACGAGGGGGGCACAGUAGAGGCCCAAACAGAACAAGAGGUUCCAGCUCCAGCAGCCUCCUGUCCUCCAGAGAGAGAGCCAGCAGACCUGCCAGCUCUGCAGCAAGCUGACUUGUCCUUCCAGUCUCAGUGCCAGGUGAAGCUGCUCUGUCUGAUGUACACAGUGCUGAUAGUGAAGAGUCUGGUGUACUGCUGUGGACUCUCUCUGCUGAUGAUCCUCAGAAACAAGGGACCGUCCACCAACUGCACACAUGCUGACUGACUGUUUUCUGCUCUCCUUUUAUCUCCAUCACAUCUUAUCAAUUCAUGUCAUUUAUCACUUUGAUCAGCAGCCAGAAAUGUCAAUUUAGACGUUUUGUGGUUGGUUGUAAAAUGUAGCUUUUAAUACGCAGGUUAGAUACAGUCAUUCUAAAAAUAUAAAUACACAUAUACACAUUUAUAUAUCUGCAGUUACUGAGUGUAAAUUAUGUGCUAAAGUCUUAUUUUGAUCUGCUACUUUAGUUCUGCUUUUAAUUGUGACUCAGAUAAAAAAAGAUAUUGCUGUUUGAUAUUUUACUGUUUAUAUUUUCUAUGUUCUUAUUUUCUUUCUUCGGUUUUUGUGAAUUUCAGUUUGGCUUCAUGGCAAAAAUUCAGAAACACAAUCAGUGUCAUUGGCUUUAGUGCUAAGCCCCUUUUAUAAUUCAGUGUGGAUGUAAAACUCUAUGCUGAUGACACUGUUAUUUACACACAUGAACAAACAGCAGAGUGAGCUGCUUUAAAGCUACAUCUGCUAUAAAAUGAUGAUACAGCGGCUUGAUCAGACCGUCCUGAAGUUUGAAUGUUGGCUAAAUGUUGGCUGUGUUUAUUUUCCAUAAACCAAUAAAAUGCCACUAAACUGUAAUCAGCUUCAUCAAGAUGAAAUGGAUUGGUAUAGUUACUGAUUAUACGUUAACGGAGAUUUAUAUUUUUGUAACACAUUUCAAGACAGAAUCACAAAAUGCUUCAGAAAGAAAUACAAAAGUUGAACAUUGUAGAAAAAACUGAAACUGCUUCAAUUACCUUAUAUUUGAUAUAAUUCAGACAAAUUCUAAUUUUUAACGUAUAAAUGAAUAACUUAGAAGUUGUCUUUGUAUUGAUGAUGUUAUAAAUGUAUGCAGGCUAUGAUCCUUUCCCACAUGUCCUAAUAUGUUGUAUUAUGUUACAAGUUGGAGUCAGGCUGGAGAAACUGUCAUUUAACUGUCACCUUUACAGAAUCAAUAAAACAGUUUGAAUUAAAGACAACUUUCACAGUGAGUACUGAGAGCUGAAAUCAAA